CCCCAACCAAACACCCACAUCACCAUCCUCGACAUAACCGACGGCACCGCGAUCCUCAACCAGCUACGCACCGAGCACCCCUCCGCCAGCCUGUCCUUCUCGCAAUGCGACGUCUCCUCGUGGGAAAGCCAAGCUGCCGCCUUUGAGAAUGUACUCGCCGCGCAGGGGCACAUCGACAUCGUCUUCGCGAAUGCCGGUAUCACGCAGAAGGGAAACCUGCUGGCUAAUAUCCACGAUGCUAAGCCUUCAAAGCCGGAGCUGAGGACGUUGGAUGUUAACCUUGUCGGGGUGAUAUAUACGGUUAAGCUAGCGGCGCACUACAUGGUGAAGAACCCGCCAAGAGAAUCAGUGACUGGCCUCUCCAAGGGAAGUAUCAUCUGCACUGCGUCAAACGCAGGGAUCUACCCGUUCGCGAUUGCGCCGCUGUACGCAGCCACCAAGAGCGGUGUGAUCGGGCUGGUGCGCUCGCUUGCACGACCGCUGGAGCAAGAGCAGAUCCAGAUUAAUGCGCUGGCGCCGGCUGUUAUUGCAGAGACGAAUAUUGCGCCGGAUUCUGCGCUGUUCAGGUCCAUGAUUCUUACGCCCAUGUCGACUGCUACGAGGGCGGUUGCGCAGCUGGUUGGGGACGCUUCGUUGACGGGGAAAGUGCUGGAAUUGCAUGGGGAGGAGGUGACGUUUGCGGAGCCGCCGGCGUAUGUUGAUGAAGAUACAGGGACGAAUAUCGAGAUGUUUUGGAAGCUGGGGUAUGCGUAG